ACCACAAAAUUUACCAGAUGUAGUAAGAGCACGUAUAUGUGUAAGGAAAAUCUUUAUCCAAAUUAAGAAUAUUUUGGUCACAGCAAAAAGAAAAAGAAAGAAAGAAAGGAAAUACGGCUUUCCCAUCAGAGAUUUUGUAUGAUAUUUUCAAGUGACGUCAUGGAUGAAUUGAUAUCAAUAUAAACAAAAAAAAAUUGAACGAAACUUAAUAUAUGAUAAUCAGUAUUUGACUGAAAUACUUCAGCGCCAAUAUAAGAUAUAGCAGGGGGAGUAAUCUUUUGUCGAACUUCGACAGUUUCAAGCAGGGCACACGGAACAACUUCCUCUUCGUCUUAACAGUGAAAACCGGAAAUAUUCUCUUCAGUUACAAGGAUGCAACCUUGUAACGAGAGAAGCGACAUCUAGUGGUGAACCAUCUCUAUAUAAACAGGUAAUGAUUCCAAAAUAAACAUUGCAAUACACCGGAGACAUCGUACUUAAUACACAUCGAGCUCUGGUCCUCACUACCAAUUUCAACAAUGAAACUUACAGUUACUCUUUUUGCUCUUCUCUACUUGCAUUUGAUUAUUGUCAAGGCCUUUCCAAAAACCCAAUGUGUUGGAAAAGAAACCGACAUCAUGUUUAUUUUGGAUUCUUCUUCAAGUAUCUGGCCAAAGGAUUAUGAGCGGCUUCUGAAAUUUCUACAGGAAUUCGUAGAUACUUUUGAAGUAGGUAUGAAUAAAAUGCGCAUGGGUGUUGUAACAUACAGUAAAAAAGCCCAUUUGGAAUUUCCUAUUGGACGAUAUGUUACCAAAGAAAAAUUGCAGAAAGCUAUUGGUAAAAUUCGUUACCGAAGUGGUUGGACAAAUACAGCAGCAGCUCUAAAACUUGUUAAUGAGCAAUUUCAGUCAUUAGUCAAAAGCAACGCCACUUUGGUCACAAUAGUUAUCACAGAUGGUAAUUCUCGUUCCCACAAAAAGACAAAAGCAGAAGCAGAAAAGCUCCAUCGACUUGGUAUAAAAGUCUAUGCUGUCGGAAUCGGUAAAAAAUAUCAUUUAAAGGAAUUAAAAGUUAUUGCAAGUGACCCAGAAAAUGGUGUCUAUAGAUUUUUCAAUUAUAAAUCUUUGGAGUCUAUUGGGAAAAACUUCUUCAUAAAGUCUUGCAAAGCAGAACCUGAAGUUCCCAGUAACGUCGUAUCAAAGACAACACCUGAUGUGCUUAAGAAGACAACCAAGCCCACUGUGUUGAAAGUAAAUGAUACGACCACCACAGUAGUUUCACCAAAUACUGCAACUACUAUAUCAUAUACCACUGUUCCUACACCAAGAACUACUAUUUCUAUCUCUGAAACAACAACCAGCAACUACAAGAAUGAAACAGAAUCGCAAGACAAGCCAGCAAAAGGAAGGCCAGAGUUUUUACCGAAGGACGAGGCAACUGUCAUCCUGUUUGGUUACGACAUGGUGUCCCUGGGCUACGACCGUACUGUGAAGAUAUCGACAUUUUUAAGCAAACUUCUACCAUAUAUGAGUUACCAAUAUUUCGGUGUUACAAACUACGCUUAUUGCCCACACGGCUUUAGUAUCUCUCUCACAUCAGUGGCAAAUUUCAGUCGACAGCUAGUUGAGGAAAAUAAUUUUCCGACUCUAGUUGAUAUUGUGAGGAAAAUGAGAAACCUUAUUUACACACACGUGUUACAUAAAGCGCAUUUGGGAACUCCGACAGCCGUACUCUUCAUAGAUUCAGAUAUGACGAAUAUUUCAGAGAGCCUGCUUGAAGAAACUAGAAAGCUCAAAGACGUACGCACAAGAUUGUUUGUUGUUUACAUUGGCUCUGGACGAAUUAACCAUACGCGUGAUUUCCACUUUCUGAGUAGUCAACCUCAUGAAAACUACACAUUCUAUGUACCAAAUUACGAACAGUUGGUGCAACUGGCAGACGACAAACCACAAAUUUUCAGAGACAUGUGCAACCAUGAUUUCUCAAAAGAAAUCUUCAACACUACUUCACAGAGGCCAGAUAUAAGUUAAAUACCAAGAAGCAUUGUCUCAUCUAAGUGAAAGAAGAAUUUACAGUAAAAAGAAAAAUACUAAAAAAAAAUUGAAUUAUUUUUUGCAAGUUGUUAAUAAUGCUUCCCUAAUUUUAAGAGAUAAAUGCACAGGUUAUUAAUGAAAUAGCGUCCACGGGUAAUUCAUCCAUCAUUAAGUGCAAAACGAAACUUUGUUAUAUUUUUUUAUGAAUCUUUGCUCUACAAAUGUUUGUUUGAACUUGCACGAAUAUUUCCACAGUCUCUUCACUCAGUAAGAAAGAAGAACUCACGUAUAUGUUCACACACACACACACACACACACACACACACACACACACACAUACACAUAUAUGUUCACAUAUGUAUAUGUAUCACCCUCUCUUUGUCACCACUUCUGAAUCUCACUAUUUCUCACCUGUAUGUUGCAUAUGUGUAGAAAACAUCUUGAAAAGGAUUUGAAAUUCACAUGCAUAUACACCAUGAAAACAUGCAUACUCACACAAACAUAUACUUAAAAACAUAUAGAUGGAAAUAUAUAGAAUCCAGCUGUGUUGGGAUAAGUUUUGACUACAAACAUUACAUUUACAACAUGCUUAUGCUGUAUAUACCGAAAUAUUUAUAUAUGCAUUGUCACACCAUCUUUGUAUAGUUGCACAUGAGCUAAUUUAGGCAAACAAAAUUAUUUGAAAACAAAUACAUAUAUACAGAUAAAAGUAUAUGACGAAUCAACAGAACGGUCUGUAAAUAGUGGAACGGCUAGCGGGAAAUAAACACCUAAAUUUCCUUAAAUUGCUACUGUCAUAGUAAGAGGAGGGACACAUUAUAUAAUGUAUUUCUUCAUACACAAUUUCUGGAAAAACUAAGACUAUGAAUGUUAUUGUAUUUGUCAUUGUUCUGUUCAAUCAAGGCUGACUCGAGGCUUGUUCAAACAAUAUGUAAAGGAAUAUUGUUUCAUGCAUUAUAUAAAUGAAUGGUUGUUGAAUAUGAUCAUAUAUGUGCUUGUGCGUACGCAUAUGUGUGUGUGUGUGUGUGUGUGUGUGUGUGUGUGUGUGUGUGUGUGUGUGUGUGUGUGUGUGUGUGUGUGUGUGUGUGUGUGUGUGUGUGUGUGUGUGUGUGUGUGUGUGUGUGUGUGUGAGUGUGUGAGUGUGCGCGUGUGUGUGUACAUACAUAUAUAUUCUAUCUUUUUCUUUUACUUGUUUCAGUCAAUAGACUGCGACAAUGCUGGAGCACCGCCUUGAAUUUUUUUUCUUUUAGUCGACCCCAGUACUUAUUUUUUAAAUCCUGGUACUUAUUCUAUCGAUCUGUUUUGCCGAACCGCUAAUUUACGGGGACGUAAACACACCAAAACCUGUUGUCAAACGAUGAUGGGGGCACAAACACAGACACAAACACACACACACACACACACGCGCACAUAUAUAUAUAUAUGUGUAUAUAUGUAUGUAUGUCGUUUACAGAAAACAUAAAUCCGAAGAAGCACACUCUAAGAUAUAUAUAUAUAUAAUUAAGAUUCACUUGAAUCAGGUACUUAAAUUGAGGCACCAAGUCAGUCCGGUAUUAGUGCAUUACGGCCGUUUCAGGUUGCUCCAUUUAAUCGAACAAUGCAAGCAUUAUAUCAAUUUGAAAUACACCGCCUUCCUCGGUUGCAUAAGACCAUCGUAAUGCACCAAUACCUUGACAUGUUACUUACUUACU